AUGUUAACAAAGAUCAGUUAAUCAAGUACGCUCAAUUAAUAAAACUAGCUCAAAUAAUAAAACUAUCUCAAUGAAUAAUAACUUUCUCAAAUUGUAACAAAAAUUGAAAUUGUUUAAAGACCAUUAGCAUCUGGAGAAAGUUUAGAGAUUAAAUAAAAUGGAAUUCCUCUUAUUAAUAAGUUCAAGGAAUGGUUUAGGCAAGCUUUUUUUCAUCAUUAUGCGAUAAUUUUGAAUACGAUAUAAAAUGGAUAAUUUAUAUUACAUUAAUUAAAAGAAGGAUUCACUAGUAAAGAAAUUACGGAUGAACAAAGACAAAAAGAAUAUUAUACAGUUUAUGGAUCCUAUGAUUCAUCUUAAUUGGUAAAAUAGUUUACUGUGAAAGAACUAUAAGACUAGAAUCCAUAAGAAUAUUCUGUAGUUAGUAAUAGUUGUAUUCAUUAUGUAAAUCGUGUUAUAGAUUUGAUAAAUCAAAAUCUUAAGGAUGUAAAUACACAUGUAUUAGAAAGAAUAGAAUAAAAAAAUUUAAUUGCUAUGGCUAGAACUUUUAUUUAAAACGCUUAUUAGGCUGUUAAGUAGUAAAAAAUAAAAGAAACAUUGAAAUAAAAAUUGAAAAAUCCAACUUUACACAAUGAAAUGUUAUAUGAAUUAAUUAGAUCUUCAAAAAAUUAAAAUAAAAUGUAAAUAUUUGGUAAUUGCGUAAUUAUUGCAAUUGCCUAAAUAUUGAAUGAGUUAACAAAUUUAAUUAAACCCCUAAGUGUAUUGAUGAUAACUUUUGGUUUAUAUUUUAUUUGGAGUUAAUCUGAUGAAAGUAUUUUUUAAAAAUGCGUUAAAUCAUUACAUUUACUAUUUUUUUCUUUGAUAGGCAUGCCAUUAUUGAGAUAUCUUUGUGAUUUCAUCUCAGAUCUUUGCAAAAAAUUAUAAAUUAUAAAAAUUGGAACUAGGGAAACAUUAUUUAUAGGAGGUUGUACCAUUACUGGAGUUAUUGGAGGAGCUUUUAUUAAAUAUGGAUAUAUGCCUAAUCCAAUAACUAGUUUAUCAAAUUAAAUUGCAACUUUACAGAAUAAUUGUUAAUAUCUUAAGCCUGCAGUAGAAAUAACAGCAGCAUACAUUAGCGGUAGAGAACAAGUAUGUAUUUCGGGUUGUGCAUAUGCUACUGAAUUAUGUUCAGUUUCUUCAUCAAAUAAACUAUAUUCAGAUUAAAUAUGUACCUUGAUAGAAUCAAAAGAAACUUAACCAUUUUUUUCUGGCUUAUACGAAAAAAUCUGUAAUAGUAAAGUUGUAAAAACUAUUUCAACAGAAUCAAAUAGUAAUUCUUUUAUAAAAAAAAUUAAAACUGGAGCUGGCAUUCUAUAUGAAAGUGUUUGUGCUAAAAUUCCAAUUGUUAAAUAAUUUUUGAUAACCUAAGCAUCUAACCCAAUAGUUGUUGGUGGUUUAGUUGGGUUUGGAAUAGGAACAUAUUUGAUAUAUAAGUAUUGGAAGUUACGUAAUUAGAACUGA